AUGUCAACUGUCGGUAUUACUCGAAAUGCGCCACAUGAGUCUGUGAGCAAAGUAGCUACACUUUGGGCAGGCCCUGGAGAAGCUUCAAAUUCCACCUCGUCAGUCGAUACGAUAUCCAGCAACAGCAUCCCAGAGAGUGGACUCGUCUCGGGACUAUUGUUUGUACCGACACUAGAGCCUCAGGAUCCAUGCUAUAAUACCACCGCCUCCUCUAUACCAUCGAAUGUCACUCGCUAUGAAGAUGUCUCGGACUUCGGAUACUCUCUUAUCGGCCUUGCCCCAUGGGUGUCCGCCGAGUGCUCUCUAUCAUUCUUGUCUGCCGGACAAAAAGUUGGCACCCAUGCAAUGAUUUUUUUCCAACCAUCCAGCAAUGAUACUGGCCUACCACCUGACUCGGACGACUCACGCUGGGCAAUCAAUGAUGGAGAAAAAUGGAGAAUGGAAAAUGAUUACCCGGUUUACGCCAUCCCGGGUCCAGCUGGAGCCUCGUUGAUCGGUGAUCUUUCGACUUUCCCAAGAGGAUCAUCACAUACAAAGAGAAAUAACUCAACUACUGCCGAUAAAACACAACAUGAAACCAAUCGUUUGUUCGUCCGCGUCGAAACUGUGUUGGUCAUUGUCUAUCGACUCAUUUUACGCAAGAGACGAGAUCAGCUCCAGAGAGAGAUUGCCGAAGGCCAAGUCGACAUUGAGGCUUUAGCAUUGAACCGAAUGAAGGCCCCCAAAGAAGUGGUCGACAAAAUGCCUCUCUACACCUACUUGGAGAUAAAUCCAUCACCAGAACCCUCUAUCAACCACGAUAACGCACCAGAGGCCGAAGCUGAACAUGAUUCGGGUGACAAUACUAGUCCGCCAUCCCCCAAAGAACACAAACAAUCUCUGGACGAUGCAGGACUCAAAAAGCCCGAGGCAGCCGUAAUUCAGCCCGAGAAGCACAACCAAGAUGAUACCAAAAGAAGUAAAUAUCGUUUGAGUCAUACUCAGACAACCUGUGCAAUCUGUCUUGAUGAUUUUGUGGCUGGGUCAUCAACGGUUCGCGAACUGCCGUGCGGACAUAUUUUUGACUCAGAGUGUAUUGAUCCAUUCUUGACCGAUAACAGUUGUCUUUGCCCUCUGUGCAAGAAGAGUGUUUUGCCAGCAUGCUCAUACUAUAUUCCUAUGACACAAGAAAUGGUCCAACAACAACAUCUCUCAAGGCAGUCGGAGUGA